UGUUUUCGCACAAACGAAGAUAAAGCAUUAGAAAAUAGAAAAAGACUGAAACGGUACCUGUAAAAGCUAUUGAGUGCUCAAGUGAAUACAAUAGAAUACAAAAUGUUAAACUGUAGUCUUCUAUUACUAAUUUAUCGGCGCAAAUAUCUCUCAUCAUCCAUCACACAUCAAGCGGAACUUUGGUGCCCAUUUUGACAAAAUGAAUAAGUGGAACACGCUCGUCUCAAGCAUUUUCGUUCAGAAACAAGCUGUAGCUGUCAUCUGUCAAAUGUUCAAAAAGGUUGGAAUUUCCACCAAACAGUUCCGGACCAAACAAAGGAAUUUCGGCCCAAAAAACGCCAAAUAAUUUAAUUUAAACCUUGAAUAAUGUCCAUGUCUGGCGCUGGGCCUUCCAGCCCUUCUGGUGUGGUGCGAAACAGCGCGCUAGCCUUCGUAGACGCCCAACAACCGCAGGCUGCGCAUACGCAGGACGAAUGUAUGCAGGACACGUCUAGGGACCAAAUGGGGCAGACUGACAGAAUGCCAAUGCCUGCCGGCCUUAAAGCCCUAUGUGAGGUGUACUCCAGACUCUAUCCUGAUCAGCCAAACCCCUUGCAGGUUACGACUAGGCUGAAAUAUUGGUUAGGCGGCCAUGAUCCUCUAGACUACAUCAGUAUGUACUGGAACCCCGGCAAACCGGAAGAGAACAUACCUCCACACUGGCAUUACGUCAGUUUCGGCAUAUCCGACCUCCACGGAGACGGACGGGUUCAUCCGCCGUCCCGCGACGGGUCAUCAGGCCUCGGUCUAGAACUGACGUUUCGGUUGCACGCCGAUGGACAUUCAUCGCCUCCGCUAUGGCCCGCUGCGUUACUGCAGGCGACUGCUAGAUACAUGUUUACGUAUAAUAACAAAUUCUGCGCCGGCGACCACAUAUCCUGGCACGCGCCGCUUGACCCGCGCGCGGCGUCACGCGUGCGACACUUGCUCGUCAGCAGCGACCCGCAGUUGGCGCCCGCGCGUACGUCGCAUGGAGCCGUCCAGUUCCUACAGUUAGUGGGUUGCACUGGCAGGGAGCUGAGGGCAGCGCAAAGAGGAUCCGGCUUCGACGUUUUAAAACUCAUUAGUGAAGACCCGAGAUGUGACGCAGGCUCGUGGUUAGUGACGCGAGUGAAUCGCCGCGUUUCUGCGCGCGGCGUGCGGCUGGCACCGGGCGCGCCUGCUCAGCUGGCCGGAGUCUCGGCGAGAUUGCAAUGGGCCGCCGUAUGUGGGGUAUGUAUUUUCCACAUUGCUUGGUUUCAGUUAGUGGGUUGCACUGGCAGGGAACUGAGGGCAGCGCAAAGAGGGUCCGGUUUCGACGUUUUGAAGCUUAUCAGUGAAGACCCGAGAUGCGACGCAGGCUCGUGGUUAGUGACGCGAGUGAAUCGCCGAGUUUCGGCGCGCGGCGUGCGGCUCGCACCCGGCGCGCCUGCUCAGCUGGCUGGCGUCUCGGCGAGGUUGCAAUGGGCCGCCGUAUGUGGGGCCCCCACAGAAGCAGAGCCCAGCCCUCCCGAGUUGCCGGCGUGUGUCGAACAACAGAUUAAAGACACACUGCAGCGAGGACUUAGCAGCAUGAGCUCAGAACGGACUGGACCUGAAGGUCACAUGUCGACAGAUAGCUUCGAAAUGUCAAGCAUUGAGAGAGCGCUGCCUCAUGUGCCAGAAUUAAUGCAGGACUCCCGCAGUGAAGGGCUCGUAGAAUAUUUCGACGAAGUCCACAUAGUCAUGAACGCAGAAGGAGCUAGCUUGCUGCCGCUGGCUAUAGAUGGCCGCGUGUCCCACGGCCGCCAUUUCACGUGGCGGGAGGGAGAGCGAGCAGUGACGCUGGUGCCGCCCUCUGUGGCCGGCGCUAUAGCCACGCCCGCGCAUCCGUUAGCCGCUAGCGGGGCUUGGCUACAGGUGCUAAUACCAAAGGAGCUAGCCGAAGACAUGUCCAAAAAGGUCGCCCAUCUUUCCCAACUGGCCGAAACCGACUCAGAAUCGGACUCCGACGAGGAAGCGAGCAAGCAAUCACCAGAACCUAUAGUGCUGCCUCUCACUCUAUCCUGGCCUAAAUACAGGAUCAAAAUCACGGUCGUGAAAAACCAUGAGCUGUUAUAUGUCAGAUGCGACACAGGCUCAUGGUUAGUGACGCGAGUGAAUCGCCGAGUUUCGGUGCGCGGCGUGCGGCUCGCAGCUCAGCUGGCCGGAGUCUCGGCGAGGUUACAAUGGGCCGCCGUAUGUGGGGCCCCCACAGAAGCAGAGCCUAGCCCUCCCGAACUGCCGGCGUGUGUCGAACAACAGAUUAAAGACACACUGCAGCGAGGACUUAGCAGCAUGAGCUCAGAACGGACUGGACCUGAAGGUCACAUGUCUACAGAUAGCUUCGAAAUGUCAAGCAUUGAGAGAGCACUGCCGCAUGUGCCAGAAUUAAUGCAGGACUCCCGCAGUGAAGGGCUCGUAGAAUAUUUCGACGAAGUCCACAUAGUUAUGAACGCAGAAGGCGCUAGCUUGCUGCCGCUGGCUAUAGACGGCCGCGUGUCCCACGGCCGCCAUUUCACGUGGCGGGAGGGCGAGCGAGCAGUGACGCUGGUGCCGCCCUCUGUGGCCGGCGCUAUAGCCACGCCCGCGCGUCCGUUAGCCGCCAGCGGGGCUUGGCUACAGGUGCUAAUACCAAAAGAGCUAGCCGAAGAUAUGUCCAAAAAGGUCUCCCAUCUUUCCCAACUGGCCGAGACCGACUCAGAAUCGGACUCCGACGAGGAAGCGAGCAAGCAAUCUCCAGAACCUAUAGUGCUGCCUCUCACUCUAACCUGGCCUAAAUAUAGGAUCAAAAUCACGGUCGUGAAAAACCAUGAGCUGUUAUAAAUUAUGUAGUUAAAAUUUUUCAAGGCAAAAGUGAAUAGGUACUUUGAUACAAUUUCACAAACGAUGCUUGCUUCUGAAGCAGCAAAUCGAACGCACAGCCUUGAAUAGAGAUCUGUGAUUGGUUCGUGUGUCACCCUGUGCGUCCACGCGCACUGUGAGACCUCGUAAUCGUUUCAGGGCAGAUAUGUACUAUACUAGACUGCAUCUCACUUAACAUCAGGUGCGAUUGCGGUCAAAUACCUGCCUUGUUCUGCAUAAAAAAAACUUGUAAAUAAAGGACUAGUACAGUUUUUGUUAUA